AUGUCACCCCUGAAAACGGUUGUGCUAAUCGCCCUGUUUGCGAUUGCGUAUCGCUCAAGUCGACAGUACCUGUCGGGUUGCGUGUGCACCCAGGAGGGCCGUCUGGACGGUCGCGUGGCCCUCGUGCUCGCCGCAGACACCGACAUCGGCGUCGCGACGGUUCGCGGUCUCGCCCGCAGGGGCGCUCGCGUUGUCAUGGCGUGCCAGGUCGUGGAACGCUGCAACACAGCCCGGCUACAGUUAAUUAACGAAUUCUCGCAACACAAGCCUGGCAGCACCUCCACCUCCAAAAUUGCUGAGUCGAAGGCGAGAGAGGACACCCUGAAGAGUGUCUCAUCUAUUAAAACUGACCAGGCGAGUUUAAUGUGUGCGUCAUCGCAAAUUACAAUGAUUUUUGUUCGAGGAGUGCAUCUCGCAUCAGCUGCUUCGAUAAAGAAAUUUUGUGAGAAUUUUGCUAGCGAGUUCAAACAGCUCAAUGUCCUCGUUGUGAACGCAGUCUACCUUUCGGUGAAAUCCGAUCGGACUGUAGAUGGAUUUGAGAGGAACUUGGGAAUGAACUACCUGUCCAGUUUUCUCGUUACCCAAUAUCUCAUACCCCUCUUGGACCGUUCGGCCAGUCCCGACUUUCUGUCACGUGUUAUUUUCGUUUCCUCUCGUCUGCACAAAUUUGGGGAGUUGCCGAAUGCCAUAAGCAAAAAGCGAGUAGAUCCCACAAAGUACUCAUGGUGGAAGUCUUUUGCUUCCAGUCAGCUGGCUCUCAUCACUUAUGCCAACUACCUCAACACACAAGUGAAUCCGGCCAAAAUCCGCAUCGUCAGCGUCCAUCCGGGUUUCGAGAAUCGGCACUUUGGAGAAAUCCUGUAUGAGCCCUUUGCAUACUUGAUGACCUGGUUUGGCAAGACCGCAUGGCAGGCUGCUCAGCCCGCCUUGGCUGCGACCCUGAUGCAUCCUGGAGAAACUGGCGUUUACUUCGAAGACUGCGUGGCUUCGUUUCCCCAUCCUGAGUCUUUCAAUGCUGGCGCUGCCCAGCGCCUCGUUGAGAUGACCGAGCGUAGUCUUGAAAAAUUUCUCCCACAGAAAAACUCGACUCUCUCUAAAUGA